AUGCGUACCUUUCUGGUGAUCUUGUCUUUGAUCUACAGCACCUACUCUUAUAAUUUUCUAGUCUUCUGUCCUCUAUUUGGUCACAGUCACACCAAAUUUUUUGCGACAAUUGCCGAUGCUCUAACAGACGCUGGCCAUAAUGUGACAUUUUUCACUCCAACAAUUGUCGAAAAAUAUCGAAAUGUUAGCUACACAAAAUUGACGAAAGAUGUAGUUCACAUGGAUGCGCCGAAAAAACUAAUGGAAUACGGCGAACAAAUGGAGUCUGCAGACUUUUCCAGAUUUUGGACAGAAGAUUCGUCGUUUUAUAACGUUGGAGCAGCAGACUUGUAUCGAUGCUCUAUUAGACUUAAUGGCUUAUUCAAAUCUCUAAUGGAUUACCUCAACAUCAAAACAUUCAUUCCAUCGUUAUCACUCACUCACGAUGUUUAUUUAUCAAAGGCAAUUGGAGAACCAGUGAUGCCUAGUGUAGUUUCAGAUGUGUGUUCUCCGUUUGGUGACAAGCUUUCAUUGUUGGAAAGAGCAUUUAAUGCAUUCGCUGUUCCAUAUAUCGACAUUGUUCUCGGUUAUCCGGUUCACAAUACUUUAUCAGCUCCAUACACUGAAAUUGAUAUAAGAACAAUUGAACCGGAAGCGUCAUUUUUGUUUUUGAAUUCAAAUCCAUUCCUUGACUUUCCCAGGCCAACCCUUACAAAAACUGUUGAAAUCGGAGGAAUUACAGUCGAUUUGAACCAAUUGAAAAGUCAACAAUUGGAUUCAAAAUGGUCAGAUAUUCUCAAUUUGAGAGAAAAAACAAUGUUGGUGUCAUUUGGAUCAGUAUUCUUCUCGAAAGAUAUGCCAUUGGAAAAUAAAAAAGUAAUAGCAAAUUCUAUGACAGAAUUCAAAAAUGUUACAUUCAUUUGGAAAUAUGAAGGAAAUGACAUUGAGGACUUUGCACGAGGAAUUCAAAAUAUUCAUUUUGUAAAAUGGGUACCACAAACUGCACUUUUGGCUAAUCGACGUCUGUCAGCUUUCUUCACUCAUGCUGGUCUGGGUAGUAUUAAUGAAGUCAGCUAUUUGGGCAAACCAUCAAUUUUGUGCCCUCUCUUUGCGGAUCAAAUGAGAAAUGCAAAAAUGCUUGUCCGUCACAAUGGAUCAAUUGAGUUAUCGAAAUAUGAUCUGGGAAAUUCUAAGAAAAUAAUUGAAGCUUUUCAAGCAAUUUUGUUUGAUUCUUCGUAUGCGGAGAAUGCUCAGAAAUUAGCAGAACAACUCGAGAAUCAGCCGAUUAAACCAGAAAAAAUGAUGGUUAAACAUGCGGAAUUUGCAGCCAGAUUUGGGCGUCUACCAUCACUGGAUCCAUAUUCAAGAAAAAUGUCUUUCGUUGAAUAUUUCUUGCUUGACGUUGCAACCAUUUGUGUUUUAGUUCUGGCAUGUGUAGUUUUUGUUUUAACGAGAGUAGUACAGUUUCUAUGUAGACGAUUCUUGGUGAAAAUAAAAACUGAGUGA